AUGGAUACCACCACAGCCCCAAAGAUCAUUGAUAUCCGCCAAGAUGGCGGAGGUCUUACGCCGCUAGUGCCUCAGAUCCGAGAAGGCCUCAAUGCAAGAGAAGGACAAGAGAAGAAGCUGCCCACACUAUUGCUAUACAGCGAGAAUGGCUUGAAGCUAUUCGAGAAGAUCACAUACCUAGAAGAGUACUAUCCUACAGGCCAGGAAAUACAGGUCUUAGAAGCGUACGCGGAUCGUAUCGCGGAUCGCAUUGCUCUCGAGUCGAACUCUAUGCUAGUAGAAUUAGGCAGUGGGUAUGUACAGCCACUAUGUUGCGCGUUACUGGUUGCGGGUCGCUGA